AUGGGUAUUUUUCGUUGGGGGGAGGGGGCGGUGGGAGGUCUACUGCAUUGGAAGAGAACUGAAAUCGGGGUUUUCAUUGCCAGUGUAAUCCCCAAUCCUGUUAUUCACUUCCAGCGUCUCCCCCGACAGCUCACUCGGGCUCAAACCUUGAUAACCCCAUUUGUUUUCCUUUCUCCAAUCAAAGAGCCUUCGGCUGGAGACUGGGAAGCGCCGAACACCUGCGGCCCCCAUACGUUCCCCGUUCUCCCGAGGGAGCAGCCAGGGCUCCCCGAGAGGCGGACACGCCUGACGGGAGGCUGGAUCCGGAGCUCCCCGAUCCCCACCGUCGGCAGCGAGCGGCACGCCGGUUCCUGCCCCUCCGGACCCGCCAGCGGCCCCGCGCAACAGGGACCGCCUGCCGCGGCGCGCCCGGCACACACAGCGGAGCCUCGCCCAGGCUCGGCCGUGCUCCCCGCGCCAACGCGGCUCCCACCGGCUGCUCUCGGGAGGGGGAGGCCGUGGGGCGACACCGCCCCUGCCCCAGCGGGCACGGCACAGCACGGCACAGCACAGCACAGCACAGCACCGCACGGCGCCCCCGCGCCCCCUGGGGCAGGGGAGGACCGCGCCCCGGGCGCCCGGCGGUCCCUUAGGGCGCCUCCCCCGACGGCUCCAGCACGGGCACGGCCCCCGCCCACCGGGGCAAUAGACGCGCCCCGCUCCGGACGGUGGCUGCCCCUCCCUCGCGGGACCGUGGCCUCUCCCGCCGCCGGGGGAUCCCCGCCCCAUCGAGGCAGCCCGCGUCCCCUCUGGCUGGCGGCGGCCGCGACCCACGGGCGGAGGGACGCGACGCGACACCCGCCUGGCCCCGCCCCCGCCCCGCCCCCGGGAGCCGCUCGUGGCAAAGUCACCGACCCCCGAAGCCCGCCGGGCUCCAUCAAACGCCGCGGCCCCGCCCGCCGACGUCAUGGAAACAAGCGCGUCAGCCUCCCGCCCGCCAGUGGCGGCGGCGGCGGCGGGCGGGCAGCGGCGCGGGGCUCCGCCUCCGCGGGCGCCGUGCCUACCGGGGCCCCGCCUCCACCUCCCCCAUUGAAGGCUCCGCACGUCGAGACCCCCCUUCCUGGGCCGAGAGAGGGGCCCCGUCACGUGGCCCGCACUCCGCAGGCGGCGAGGGAGGCGACGGGGACCGGCGGCCGCGGCGCCGGGAGAGGAGGGGGCGGCGGGCGCGGGCAAGUGAGUGACCGCGGCGGGCGGGCGGAGGCGGGAGGCGGGCGGAUCGCUGCGCUCCGCCCCGCCCCGCCCUGCCCGGUGGCGCCCGGCUCCUGUAGCGGUUGCUCUGCGGCGCAGGGGCUCGGCGGCGCGCUCGGCGCUGCCCGGUGUGUGCGGGGGAAAGGAGGCGGGCGGGCCCCGGGGAGCGGCGGCGGCGGCGACGGUGGGAGCGCCCGAGAGGAGGGCGAAUCGCUGAUUCCUGCCGGUAAGGCGACGGGGGCGGGGCGGGAGGUCCGCGCCCCCCUUCCCUCCCCCGGCUCUCCCCGCGCCGGUGCCCCCUCCCUCCCUCCUUCCCUCCCCAAUUCGGUCGCCGCUUCACCCCCCCGCCCCCUCUCCCGCCCUCCUCGCGCGGCCGCAGGGCGGGGGCGGCGCGGCGGGGCCGGCCGGCCGUGGGCAGGGCGGGGAGCGCGGGGACCUUGUGCGCUCGGCGAGAGAACGAGCGGGCGGCGUCAGGUUUACGGGCGCCUCGUCCUGGCCCCCGACCGGCGGCUGUGUCGGCCCCACGGCGCAGAGGUAAGCGCGGCGGCGGCUCGGGGCGGCUCUCCUCCCGGCUGGCCGACCGGGGCGGGCAACAGCGCGGCGGCAGGUGCAGCGUCGCUCCGCUCCCGCCGCGGGGCUGCGAGCCGCGGUCGGGCUCGCUCGGGGGGCCGGAGGGCCGGGUGCCGUGCUCCUGGGCUCUCGCCGGUUCUCCCCGCAGGUAACCGGAGCGUGCACCUGGCCGCCACCGUGCAGCCGGGGCACGGCGUGACCUUGAGGGCAGCGGAUGCGGGGCUGAGCCGCCGCGGGAGCGCACCGCCGCGCCGUCGGGGACCCCGCGGCUGGACACGGCCGGCACGCCACGGCCCUGCAAGCUCCUGGCGGGCGGGCGCGCUCACGCCGUGGAUUAAGGUGGUGCUCAGCCCCUGCCGCCCGCCGGGUUAA